AGGAGCUCUUCUGCCGACUUAUAAGAAACACUAUGACUAACAUGAUCUCCAUCGCAAGAGCCACAGACGACUCCAGAUACCCCACCAAACAUGAGGUGAAUGCCAUGGCAAAGCGACUGGUGGACUACUAUCCAAUGAUAAAAGACAGGUCAUCAGACAAUGAGUGGGAGCAUGUUGCCAAAAAGCUCAUGAAGAGACUCUCAAAUGUCAGAAGUCCAAAGAAGGCCAAAGGUCCUCCUUCCAAGAAACCACGACAAGAAGUCCGUUCAGAUGUUGCAACUGACUAUGAUGGAGAUUCCAGUACAUCCACCAUUAUUCUGGAACGGUCACCUGUUAGUCCCAUGGGCAUCCCAGUAGAUAUGUCAUUUAGAACCAGCACCCCAGCGCAGAACCGGAACAGCAGUGAUGAAGAAUCUUGUUCAGUUGACAUCAUGGACAGCCAGAAAAUCCAAGCAAGACACUACAAGACCCUCCAAGAAAUAUACAAAGCCAAAAAGCCAAACAAAGCUGCGGUAACUCAUUUGCUGAACAUGGAAUUUGAGUCUCGAAGAUGCUUCAUCACCUCUGAUGUUUUAAAGGAGCAAGACCGAGCAACAAAGAUUCUAGAGGCUUACCCUUGUUUCAGAGAACUGGAUCAUGUAAGUAAUGUUCUUGGGGUUUUUUGGGGGGGGUUUAAGAAGAAUAAGUCAUCAGAAUGUUUUUUUUCUUUAUCUGAAUCUAUUUUCCAGGUGCUGGAUGAGCUGCAGCGAAUCAUCCAACCGACCAACUCCCAGUACGUAUCAGAGAUGCAGAACAGAUGGAAAACCUUCUAUUCAAAGGUCCAGUUUUAUGGAGUGAUGAAGAAGGCCAUGAAGACUCCUAAAACUUUGAAUGGAGUGGAGCAUAUCACAGCUGUCUUCAGAGCCCUUCCACUGCUCUUUCCGUCCAGCACUUUGCCACCGAAGAAACUGGGCUCAAGCAGCGAGGCUCUUUUCCAUGUCUUAGCGACUUCUGAGGAUCCUGAUGGUUUCAUGCAGCAGCGACCCCUGUCUUCUCCGGUUCUGAUCGUUUCUAAGGACAACUACAUGAUCGCAAUCGGAAAAACACCUGUGACUACCGUCCCCAUGGACAGACUUAAUGAGGGACUUCUCUACGUCAUGGCAUAUUACUAUGUCUUGCACAUGACCUACCCCAAGUGCAUUUCUACACUACUCUCAGUACUGCAGACAGAGGUACUUCAAGAUUCAAUUCAUGAGCACGAUUUGACCCCUCACUACAAAAAAGCGAUGGGUGAGUGGAAGUCAUUCAGUGAGUGAGUCCCUUUGUCCAUCACUCUGCCUGUUGUAACACUUUCAAAGAAAGUUGAUGUUCUGUUUUUUUUUUUUGAUAGUGAGGUUCAAAUCAAAACUGGCUUUUCAAUCUGUUAUAUUAUGAUAGCCCUGGAAUGUGGAAUUUGUCCUUUGGAUGUUGAGUUGAGCAAUUGUAUUGCAACGUUAAUAAAAUUCUUUUAAUGAGAA